GACGAGAGCGAAAUCUUACGCAUUUCCAUAAAAACAGCGGCGAGAUGACCCAGCAGAAAAACGGUGUUUCGCUUGAGCAGAAAAAGACCAAAAUGGUUACGUUCGAGGAAGCAAUUACUUUGGCAGGCAACGGGAAAUUCCAAUUACGAGCGGUCGUGUGCGCCGGGCUGUGUUUGUUCGCAGUUUUGACGGAGGCAACGAUGGCGUCGUAUUUGCUGCCGGCGGCCAACUGCGAUCUCAAUUUGUCCCUGCAGGAGAAGGGCCUGCUCGGCUCCUCUGUGUUUGUGGGAUUUGCGAGCAGCGCUCUGCUGUGGGGCGCCGUCGGCGACGUUUGCGGCCGCAGGAAGACUAUGAUGACCACCCUCUUUGUGUGCGCCUUUUCCACGCUACUCUCGUCUCUAGCACCCUCUUUUUUGCCAUUGCUCGUCUUCAGAUUUUUCUCGGGCUUCUUCUCUUGCGCCGCCUCCGGACUUUUGUACGUAUACGCCGGCGAAUUUUGCAACAAUGUUGAAAGGCCGAGGGCUGUGCUGGUGGCCGCCUGUUUAGGAGCAGCCGGUGUUAUCUGCUUGCCCGGCUUUGCCUGGCUCGUAAUCCCUCAACCCUGGAUUAUUGAAUUUCCAGGCCUGCCUUUGAUCACCUCGUGGCGGAUUUUCCUUGGCGUUUGCUCCAUUCCCAGUUUCACCGCCGCCUUUUAUAUGCUUUUCUUCCUUCCCGAAAGUCCCAAAUACCUGCUGAGCCGAGGCCGCGAAAAAGAGGCGUUGGAAGUGUGCAAAACUAUCUUUCACAUAAACACAGGAAAGCCAAAAUCUGAAUAUCAAGUUGAAAUGAUCGAGGACGACGGAGGGACACAGCAGACGAACAAGGACAAGUCGAUCCUGCGCAUCUGCUGGGACCAAAUCGCACCCCUCUUCGGCCACGACCUGCUCGGCCUGACCCUGCUGACGUGCACCCUGCAGUUGACCACAUUCUUCGGCUUCACGGCCAUGAUCAUGUGGAUGCCCGAAAUGUUCAACCGGCUCAAGGCAACGCCGGACGGCUCGGCCACCCUUUGCGACGUCAUUUCCGUCCAGCAAACCAACAUCUUGCUGCUGGACGAGGUGCUCGAGGCCUCGGCAGGUGUCCAAACGAGCGCCGUAUACAACAGCACGGAGGCGCACACCUGCGACCCGACCGUCGACUAUCACGUGUUCCUCUACGGUUUGUUCCUCACCACGGCUGGCGCAGCGGGCAAUAUCAUUGCUGGCAUUUUAAUCAGCCCUCUCGGAAAACGCAAUCUCUUCGUGAGCAUGCUUUCCAUAGCAGCUUUGCUAAUCGCCGUGGUGCCCUACUUAAAACACCAUACUCUCUUAAUUAUUGUCUAUUGCUCUUCACUGAGUUUUGCCGGAGCAGGGCCUGGCAUCAUAGCAGCCGGAACGAUUGAUCUUUUUCCCACGUCUCUGAGGGGCAUGGCGACGUGCAUGUCAAUGAUGACCGCUCGAAUAGGGGCCGUUCUCACGACAGUCGCUUUCGGCGCCUUGCUCGACUUCAGAUGCGAGUUUGCUUUUUUCAUGCUGUGCGGCGUUCUAUUAGUUUGCGCUUUGCUUGGAAUCCGUCUUCCUGCAAGAUGAUCUUCCGCUUGAAUUUGAAUACAAACACUGGUUCAGAAUAAAUAAAAUCACAAAAACGAUUAUUGCAUUAGAUUUAAUCUUUUAUUGACAGAAUCUAGAAACAUAUAACAUUGGUAUUCUUCACUAAUGAAUAUUCUUUGGUUGGAAAAAGGUAAAAUAAUUAUAAAUAUGUAAAGCAAUGAAAUAUUUAGAA